AUGCCUCAAGCAUCGUUCCCCUGGAUGGGUGCGCGCGUCCUCACCGAAGAAAAGAAUGCCACCCUCACCAGUGGACAGGGCGAUAUCCUCGCAAAGACGGUCGGAAGGCUUGACGGUGGCGGCUACUUUUACAGCAACCAACGACCCAAAGGCGAAUGGAAAUUUACCAAGGUGUUCAAUCGCGGAACACUUCUUUGGGACAAGGACAACUUCUGCCCCGGAGAUUCUGUUGAUCAGUCAAUGCAUGUGCACUACUGUGAGGAAUCCUACGACUACGGAUCUCCAAGGCGUUUAUUUAUCGGCUAUUCGGCGUACACGCUAGAGCCUGUGCUUGCGAGCAUCAAUCUGGAAACCUUUUAUAUCAGCGAGGACAUGACCGAUGACCAUCAGACUGGUCUACAAUUCGAGGCCACCACGGAAGGCUUUCUGAAGGGGGAUGAGGUUAUUCUCCAUCAUUCUCUCACAGUCCCUGGAAACAUUCGGGCGCUCAAGCUACUUUUGCUCAGGAAGGACUGGGGCAGAGCUUUCCAUGGUGGAGAUCUGACUGUCGAAGUCGCAAAGGAUCUGGCCUACCAGUCCGCUCGGUCGCUCUACCAUCGGCGGGCUCCUGUCACCCUGGCUCGUAUCCAGCCAGCGACCACUGCCCAGGUACCGAACUUCAAGAAGUCGGACCUCAAACGAUGUGUUAUUCCUGACCAGCCCUACGGACCUGAGAACCUUCAUCUUCAAGACGUACUUCCUCGUGAUGGGAGUAUCUGGUUUGAGCGACCUCAAUGCUUUGUCUACAAAGCGCCUUAUAUGUCCAAUAUGCGGUACUCGAAACGUCUAUACCACGACCUUUCCAUGUUCGCCAAAGCUCAUUCGCACGACAAAUUCAAUGCCACGGCGAUGCUAUUCGCUGUACAACUCUGGUGCGACAUUGAAGAACACUCGAACAACAUGCUUGAACAAGAUAUCGCAGAGCCACUGCCCUCUGUUUCUCUAGCAGUAUUUAUCGUCUACUUUGAGCACUGGCUGAAGAUUCAUGAACAUCUUCAGUGUCUCAGCUUCAUUCAUCCGUUCAGGUUGAUUCAUCUUUUAUACUGGAAUGACAUUCUCCAGCCAUUCAAUAGCAAGGAAGCCUUCUACAUCAAGGAAAAUGCGAUCGACUCUCUGCGAGUCCAGCAAUAUGUACGGGACGCUAAGGCAAUUGGCUCUAGAAUUCCUGUGACAGAACGCGCUGAUCUCUAUCCCUUUAUGAUAAGUGGCAGCAGGAUGGUAUGUCCCCAGGACAUACCUUUCAAAUUCCGUCUAUAUGAGGCUCGUCAAGCCAUGGUUGGCAUGCCUGAUCUUCGAGUUCUCGGCUCACCAUCAUAUCUUCCCACGGACAGCGAGAUAAUCGAAAUUGGCCUGCCAGAGCCCAUUGCCCGAAUCACCUUUCUCCGAGACACCCCAGACGAACUGGCCUACACCAAAGUUUUCGACGCUACCGAGGCCGGUUUCACAUUGCUGUUCGGAGACAGCUUGAAGUCUGGCACCAUCUGGACACACGAGUUUCAAUCGUAUACACCACUGACAGAUCUUCCGAUUGAAGCAUACGUCUAUCCAAACAUGAUUGACGCCUGGUCCCGCCUUCUCGAUCGGCGCAUGGCUUGGCUUGAGGAGCUUGGUGUACUGGGAAAAGUUCGAGUUCGGACUGGCGACGAUGGUUUACCUGGUUAUCAUGGCAUGCCAUUGGAGAAUGAUAGCCGCUACCUCGAUGAAGCAUACGCGGGUAAAAUGGUCAAGCUUGCGCUGGAGGAUCCCAGGAACAGACCUGACUCCUGA